AUGUCUUACAAGCUACUGUCCUCGCUCGAGAAACGAGCGUCUGAGAUGUUGGAGAGCGGCAACAUUCCUGAUGACUUUCCCAUGAUUAUGAAGCACGCGCAGGACCUUCGCAGCCAGCUUGCGCUCGAGGAGAAGCGCGCCCCAGCAGACUCUGCCGCAGCGCCCCAGCAGCCGCCGCAGAGCGCGCAGCAGCAGGACGUCCUACUCCAGGAAAUACGGAAGAGAGCAGAGACCCGCCACGUCACCAUCGAUGGCUUCCGCGAGUACAUGCUCGCGGAAAACGUCUCGGAUGAUUCGUUCACAGAGGGCCACGCCAUGGGCAUGGACUACUUGUUCUUCCUCCUCGACAUCGACGCGACGAACUAUUCCCCCAUCGGCGUGGCUCAGGCGCUCCACUACCAGAAGAUUCUCGAGCAGCUCACCAGGCUGCACAUCAUGAAUCCGAUUUUCUCCUGGACGAGGAAGAUGAUGAACGCCCUGAAGCACGCCGUCAGCUUCAUGCUCCACGAGUGCGAUCGGGACGAGUGGGGCCCGACGAGCCGAGCUUUGAACCUUCUGAAGUCAACCGCCGUCGAGACCGCCCUGAAGGCUUGCGCCGCAAGGCGCAAGGAAGCGACGCAGGCGCGCAAAGAGCUCGACGAGGCGCACCUCGAGAAUUACAUGUCCCUGGAUGAGGCGAGAGCCACGCUGACAGAGUCUGCGAUCGACUUGCGCGCGGUGAGGCGCAUCCGCGAGGGCAAGGAGUCCAUGACUUUUUUUUUCUGGCAGCGCGUGGCGUCUGUCGCCAUGGCGUGGCAGAUGGUCAUCCCUGGGACGUUCGGGGGGUCUGGCGAGCUGAAUGGCUCGUGCGAGAAUAAGGUCCUGGAGUCCAAGGCAGUUGGCUAUGAUUAUGUCAUAGUCAAUCGCGACGGACUGCUACUUGCCGCUCUGCUCCCGCCGCUCGAUGGCUCGAACUGCGACCCAGAGACCAAGCGAUUUAUCCGCCCCGCCCUAGCUCACAUGAAGGGCGCGGGCAUGUACCAGCUGCUGGGAACAGACGGGGGGAUCUACUGCCCCCGUCGCACGUUUCCCCGCACCAGCCUGCAGCGCAAAUGGGUCACAUCGGCUGUCCGUAAGGACGAGAAUCAGGAGAAGUGCCAGAGGGUGGUCGCGGACUUUCUUGCGCACGGAAUGGGGGCUGCCGAAGGCAAUUACGCCCUCGCGGGCCCGAAGGUGCAGGCGUUCAACGGCAAGUGCAUCACUAAAGCGUUAUUUGGUGACCCCGUGGAAUGGCCAUCUGACGACCAGCUGCUCAACGAUGAGACCGUCGAUGAGGCGAUUGAUCGCCUGCAGAACAAGUGCGGUCGCGCCUUCCAGGCGCGCGGGCGCCCCUCCGCUGAGCGGCGCGCUGCCGACCCCGUGGCCCCAGCAAGCCAUGAGGGGGCGGCGCGCUGCGUCCGCGCCCGCCCGCGCAUCAGCAAGCAACGCCACAGCGGCGCAGCGCGCGCUCGCGAGCCCUGCUGCAGCGCGGCGCAUGCCAGCGGCGGCAGCAGCGCCCGCGACCUCCCGCCCAGCAGGCGCAGCCACUGCGGCGCACCAAGCGCCCGCGAAGCCUGCCGCAGCGCAGCGCGCGCCAGCGGCGGCAGCGGCGCCCGCGACGCCCCGCCCAGCAGGCAGCGCGCCCGCGGCGCAGCGCGCGCCCGCGAUGCACCUUGCAACGCCGCGCGCGCCAGCGGCGGCGCAGAAGGCGCGCGGCACGACGCCGCCACCCCGCCAGCGGCUGAACGGGCAGAGGGCGUCCUUGCAUCAGUUUCGGAGGAAGACGCCUCCACCGCGGAGCACCGUCGCAUCCGCGAGACUGAACCCGGGCCGCGGGCGGCAGUUGGCGACAGCGCUGGCGCGCGCGGGUUCACGCGCCAGGACGCCGACGACGGCACCGCCAGCCCAAACCCCCCCUGGGCGACUGGCAGCAGCUCCUGCGCAGCAUCGCCUCUCAGGCUCGCAGAAACAGGUCGGUGCGGAGCGCUCCUGGGCGGCGCCAUGCCAGACGCCAUCGCAGAGGGCCCCCUGGCGAAAGCGCGCGGCAGCGCUGGCCCAGGGGCCGCGGCAGAGGAACAUGUUGUACCUUCUGACAGUGGCGAUGACGAUGCCCCGCGCUACAUCGAGCGCUUCACCGCGCCAGCGCCCCCGCGCUGCCCAGGGGCGCAGCGGCCCCCAUCCUUGAGAGAGGCCGAGCGCAAACUCGAACAAUUACUCGACGAGGCGGACGGGAUACCUCCCAUCGGCGCGAACAAGCGCGGGCGGGGCGAGCCCGAGGACGACGCCCGAAAGAGACAGAGGGCCGCCGAUGUCUCCGAGGGCGCGCCUGCGAGCGCAGGCGAGCAGAAGCCGUUGACGGUGUGCAGGGAGGACCAGGAGGUGCUUUGGAAGUAUACAGCGGGCCAGCGCAAUGGCAAGUACGGCUCCCUCCUCGACUGUGAGAUGAUAUGCCUUGUCAGCGAGUGCCGAACGAUAUAUGGCUACGACACUACCAUGCAUCCCGAGAAACCCGUGCAAUUGAUGACCAUGUCCAAGGGCAAGUCGGAAGAGGAUCAGGCGAAGAACUUCUACCGCCAGUUCCUGCAACUUGCCGAGGGGAGCACCGACUGA